AUGUUGUACUUAUGUAAUUUAUUUUGUUUUCUUUUUAUUCUGCUAGAAUUUGAACGUACCCAUUAUCCAGACGUUUUUGCACGUGAGAGGUUAGCUCAGAAAAUAGACUUGCCCGAAGCCCGUAUACAGGUGUGGUUCUCCAAUCGAAGGGCAAAAUGGCGCCGAGAAGAGAAACUCCGUAAUCAGAGGCGGGAGGCAGCCAACGGUUCUACUCGACUUCCUAUAAACAGUAGUUUCCCGCAUUCAAUGUAUCCUACCAUCAAUCAACCGCUGGCAUCUAUGGCCGAGUCUUAUAGUCCUGUUUUCGACGACGUUUCAAAAUCGACGUCAAAGACAACUAUAUUUCGAUUUAUGCAAUCAGUCCAGAAAAAGCCCGACCUUUCCUCCCUCCCUCUCACUCACUCAUCUUUUCUUCUUCCUUUACCAACUAACUCAGAUUCAGUUCUCGUCUCACAAACCCCCCUCCCCGACCUGCGUCCUACUCGAGCAGAUAACCCAGCUAUCCUCUCUCUCUCUCUGUUGGUCCCUAAAGAGAUUGCUUGUCGGAGAAGAAGCGUCGAGACCAUAUUAGAAACAAUACACAAAAGGCUUGCAAAACUGCUGCUUCCUUCUUUUCUCCACCCCUUCUAUCUCCCUAACGCCCAGCCCUUCAGUCUUUACCUCUAA